AUUCUCGGGAUCUGAAGAUGGCUGCACAGUCAGCGCCGAAAGUUGUGCUAAAAAGCACCACCAAGAUGUCUCUUAAUGAGCGGUGAGGCAGCCAACAGCAACUUCAGCUCGUUCAUAAGAAAACAUUACUUAAAUUGGCCCUGGGGUCCAAUGCACAAAAGCCAGUUUUAAACUAAAUACCAACAGAAGGCUACAGACCUCUGUUCUUAGUUGCAUCUCAUGUGGUACACAAAGCAAAUUGGGCGGUUGUCUCAAAACCCCUUAUCAGUAGAUUUUUAUGGUAAGCUGUCUGAAAUGCUUGUCUGGUGGGGUGCAUUUUAAAAAGACUCCUCGCACCCUCCCUUUUCACGUUUUUUAACAUUGAUACAGGGACGGUGCAGCUCAGUAGCACAGUGCCCUGGCUACGGUAGGCUUGCUGCCCAGUCCAAGGCCAGCAGUGUUGUGUCUGGCCUGUAAGAGGCAGGUAGCAAGCCGUGAAUAUGUCCAAAGGCCCUCGAAUGCCAUUCUUGGGCCUUGUAAGAGGCACUUGCUUUUGCUCCGUUUCACUUUCUUUCCAUUCUGCUUUUAGUUUGUUUCUGUUUUGGAUUCUUUUACAGUUCAGUGUUCUUCUCGUCCAUUCAGCUUCUUUGCAGGAAUAAUAGAAGAGGGUCUUCACAAGCUCUUGAACGCUUGAGCUAAUCUAACUUAUUCAGAAGUAAUCACAUAGAGUCCGAAAAGUAAUCAUUUGAGACUAAGUAAAGGAAAGGCAGUUUCUAGCUACGAGAGCUCUGUUCAUCGAGUGCUUUUGACCAGUUAUUUUAUUGACUCGAUAUUAGACCACUAAAAGGUUUACGUAAUAUUUGUUUUUGCCUUUUCUGAAGCAUAUGUGCUUCUCCUAACUAACCUCUUAGGGUUCGAUACUGUAAUUCUGCAUGUUCACGUGUCAUUAAGUGAACAACGUAUAAGAAAGUGGAACGCACUCCUAAAUUUCGUAUGCGUGCAUUAUUCCCAUGGGCUUGGAAGGUGCUCUAGUUGUUGAUAGUCUUAAAAUGGACCCUCAGAUCUCCCGAGGUGUUGGCUUUCUUCGUUUGUCUUCGAAAUUGCAUCUUCUGUCUCAUGUCGCCAUAUCUGCUCACUGCGUGUUUUUCAUGCCUUCCGCCUCUCUAAAAGCCGUUACCUGAGCCCUCGUCAUCACUCGUGAUUGAAUGUGCCGCACUUAGCUGCAUUUCUGAGUUUCCGGUUCGUGCACGUGUGUGGAAGCAGCGGAGUCUAGCCCGCAUCAGCCUUGCUCUAAGUGUACCACUUUACUUAAAGUUCGUGGGAUCUGGAGCUCCUGGUCUAGCGAGCCAUGAAAAUGCCAAUAAAUGUUUUGUAAUAAAGCUUUUAUUUAAACAUCCAUUUUGUUCGACCUUGAAGCUUUACUAAUAUGCUGAAGAACAAACAGCCGAUGCCAGUGACUAUUCGGGCUUCGAUGCAGCAACAGCAGCAGCUAGCCAGUGCCAGAAACAGAAGACUGGCCCAGCAGAUGGAGAAUAGACCCUCUGUCCAGGCAGCAUUGAAACUCAAGCAGAGCUUAAAGCAGCGCCUGGGUAAGAGUAACAUCCAGGCACGGUUAGGCCGGCCCAUAGGGGCCCUGGCCAGGGGAGCGAUCGGAGGACGAGGCCUGCCCAUAAUCCAGAGAGGCUUGCCCAGAGGAGGACUCCGUGGGGGACGCGCCACGAGAACCCUGCUUAGGGGCGGGAUGUCGCUCCGAGGUCAAAACCUGCUUCGAGGUGGACGAGCCGUAGCUCCCCGAAUGGGCUUAAGAAGAGGUGGUGUUCGAGGUCGUGGAGGUCCUGGGAGAGGGGGCCUAGGGCGUGGAGCUAUGGGUCGUGGCGGAAUCGGUGGUAGAGGUCGGGGCAUGAUAGGUCGGGGCAGAGGGGGCUUUGGAGGCCGAGGCCGAGGCCGUGGACGAGGGAGAGGUGCCCUUGCUCGCCCUGUACUGACCAAGGAACAGCUGGACAACCAGUUGGAUGCGUACAUGUCGAAAACGAAAGGACACCUGGAUGCCGAGCUGGACGCCUACAUGGCACAGACAGACCCCGAGACCAACGACUGAGGCCUGGCUGCCCUCCUGCGAGAGAGACUCUUGCUAAAGUUACCACCUCUGUAAAUAACCUUGAGAUAACAGAUGAGAAGAAACCUGAUCGAUGCCGGAAGGACCUGUCACAAUAGGCUGUGGACUUAACUUGCCACCAGUUUGUGCAUUUAGUGUGUUCCUUUUACUUUUUUGAUACUGUGUUGUAUGAAACCCUUUUAUCCUGACUUGGGUUUGGUUUUGUUGUUUGGGUUUUUUCCCCCGCCCCCCUUCUCCCAGACUUUUUAUUUUAAACAUGACUAUGUCAGCCUCGAGGCUAAGACACCCUCUUUCCACCUCUGCCUCCCAUCACCUGUCACGUGCUCUGACAUUCUGACUUUUCUGAAAAGUCCCAGAAAGAGCCCAUCAGUGGUCCUCCCUAGUGCCUAGGUUUCUGAGAAACGGUUCUGUCCCACAUCACUUUAGAAAGCCUCUUAGAAGUGUUUAGAAAAUCUAAAGUUCAAAAGUGCGUUCUACCACGUUGACAUUUUAAUAAGCUAGGAACGUUGGCCUGGUGACAGGACCACCUAAGCGGUUACGUGAGGUAACCGCUGCUGCCGUGUGCAUCCACACCCGUGUGUCGUGUCCGGUACGUGCACACUUCCCACCCUGGAGGCAGGUGACCGACUUCCCUCUGGACUUUGCGUCACGUCCAAAGAGUGCUGUUGGGUCGGCUUCCGCCCGCGAGAGGGGAAAGCCACGCGGGUCGGCAGGUGGCUUGGGAGGACGGGGCUGGAAGUCGAGGCAGGUACCUGCCGGGAGGGGUCGGAAGAGACCCAUGCCGAGUGCUCUUGGCCUUAUGUUUGCCCCUGGCCCGUCUCGGCUUUCUCCAUACAUUGGUUUUGUGUGACCCUCUUCUUUCUCUCGAAGGUUUAAGUUCAACCAUAUUCCGUCGGCUGUUCCAGUUUCAAUGGAAUUCUUGUAUUUCUGCUUUAUUACAAGAAAUUGUUCUCUCAAAUCCA